AUUUUGUCAUAUUUGCUUCAGCUGUGUAAUAGUCAACCCUGUAGUAUUUUCUUAAGAUGGAAACAGCACCUUCACUCGAGACUGUCUACCAAGCAAUUCAUGCACUGUAUCAUAAUCCUGACCCAGCUGGCAAAGAAAAGGCUUCAUCAUGGUUAGGAGAACUACAAAGAUCAGUUUUUGCAUGGAGGAUAUCAGAUCAACUGCUUCAUCAAAAAGCAGAAUUAGAAGCUUGUUAUUUUGCAGCACAGACUAUGAGAACAAAGAUUCAGUAUUCCUUCCACGAGUUACCUGUAGAAUCCUACUCUUCACUGAGAGAUUCCUUGUUAGAACAUCUUAGUCAUGUCACUGAAGAAACAGCUCACGUCAUUGUCACUCAGUUAUGUUUAGCAUUAGCCGACCUGGCACUGCAAAUGGCAUCAUGGGAAUCACCAGUUGAAGACAUCAUUGGAAGGCUAGGAAACGACGCUAAGUACCUGCCAGCCUUACUUGAAGUACUCACAGUUUUACCAGAGGAGGUGAAUAGUCGAUCUCUACGACUCGGAGCCAACCGUAGAACUGAAGUUCUUAAAUCUCUCAGUCAUGUGGAACCUCAAGUGUUGCAGCUGCUGAAUACUUGUUUACAUACAUUGGGAGUAGACAAUGCCACUGUUCAAACCCGUGUGUUUCGUUGCUUUGGUAGUUGGUUGUCUCUAGGAGUUGUACCAUCAUCUGAAGAACACCUGAAUUCCCUGUUGAAUGUUGUUUUUCAUGCCCUGGUAAACUCAAAUACUCCAUCACCAGUACAUGAAGCUGCCAGUGAUUGUAUAUGCAGUGCUCUCUUUCUUAUUGAGGCUGUGGAAAAAAAUUACUCUCUUGCACAUAACUUGUUUCAUGGUGUAUACAAAGUUGUGGAUGCUUAUCACAUGUCAGUAGCUAAGGAGGAUAUUGACAAGUCAAUGAAUUAUUGUCGUAUGUUUACUGAGCUAGCUGAGUCUCUUCUGGAUGUAAUUAUUUUAUCACCAGGACAAAACUUAGGAGAUCUGAGGACAUUAGAUCUUCUUCUCAUUUGUGUAGGUCACCAUGACUAUGAGGUAGCUGAGAUAACAUUCAACUUUUGGUAUAGACUGUCAGAAAUUCUGUUUAAGAAAAACAAUGACCAUUUGAACAGACUGUUUCACCCCUAUAUUCGAAGGCUAAUUAUUUCAUUGGCCCAGCACAGUCAGAUGGAACCUGACCAUGAGGGGAUUUUAGAAGAGCAUGAUGAUUUUGGAGAGUUUCGUUCUCGAGUGUCUGACCUGAUAAAAGAUAUUGUGUUUAUUGUGGGAUCAUCAAGUUGCUUUAAAGAGAUGUUUGAAAACCUGAAGAACCAAGGAAGUAAUGCUACGUGGAAUAUGUCUGAAGCUUCUCUUUUUGUUAUGGCUGCUGUAGCAAAAAAUAUCAUUCCAGAUGAAAAUGAAGUGGUUCCACAGGUUGUAGAAGCUAUUAUUCAUCUUCCAGAAGAUUCUCAUAUUGCUGUGCGACAUACUAGCACGCUGCUUCUUGGGGAACUCUGUGAAUGGAUUGAGAAACAUCCUCAGUAUCUUGAGCUAGUCCUGAACUAUAUACUGUCCUGUCUACAGCAUAAGCCCUUGGCAAGGAUGGCUGCAUCUGCACUGCAAAACAUAUGUUCUUCUUGUAGAACAAAAAUGGCAUCUCAUUUUAAUGGACUCCUGCAGAUCAUCCAGGCUAUAGACAGCUUUUCUAUCUCAAAUGAAGCUGCAGUUGACCUGCUGAAAGGUGCAGCCCUGAUUUUGUGUCAGUUGCCAGAUGAACAAGUUACAGAUGGCCUUAGAGUACUGUGUCAGUGCCAGCUUUCACAUCUUUCAAAGGUGCUUCAACAAGAUCCACAAGAUAAAACAGCAAAAUUUGAUCCCACUCCAUGGUUAGACAGGAUCUCUGCAAUUUUCAGGCACGUUAAUAUCUGUGUAAAGGGUAACAAUACACAUCCCUGUCUAGUUGUUGUGAAGGAAGUGUGGCCUGUAAUGUCACAGGUCUGUGAAUACUACAAGGCUGAUAUUAGAAUCAUUGAGAGAUGUUGUCGCUGUAUUAGGUUUUUAAUUCGAUGUGUUGGAAGAUAUUUUGCCAUACUAGUAGAACCACUUGUCACUCAGAUAGUUCGUAUUUAUCAGGAACAUCCACAUUCUUGCUUUUUGUAUCUGGGAAGUAUCCUGGUAGAUGAAUAUGGAAGAGAUCCUGGCUGUGUUCAGGGGUUGGUUGAUAUGCUACAGGCAUUCUGUGGACCUACAUUUCAUCUUCUAGACAAGCAAGAUGGGCUUAGGAACCAUCCUGAUACAGUUGAUGACCUUUUCAGACUAUGUACAAGGUUUCUCCAGACAAUGCCUGUGGUUUUUCUCCAGUGUCCUGUUUUCAAGUCCUUGUUUCAGCUUGCUUUAGCAGCCUGUAAUCUUGACCAUAAAGAUGCUAAUUCAUCAGUCAUGCAGUUUUUUUAUAGUCUCAUGCAGAUUGGUAGACUACAUGAGAAAGCACCAGAUUUUACUGUGAGACAGUCAUUAGUGAAAGGAAUUCUCAAAGAACACAGACAAACCCUUAUUUUCACACUAGUUCAAGCUGCCAUCUUCCAUUUACCUUCCUAUGUAAUGCCAGACAUAGCAGAUGUACUGUACGAAAUGAUGAAAUUAGAUAAAGAGCUAUUUCUGCUUGGAUUUGAAGAAGCUUUGCAACAAAUACCUACCCAAAAUCAAAAUGGUUCUGUGACAGUGACUCCUGACCAGCUGAAAGAGUUCCAUUGUCUGGUAUCAAGUGCUGAACAUGUAAAAACUAUCUCAACAUCCCUUCGAGACUUUUCUCGGCUCUACAAAUGAAAACUGUGAUAAAAAAAUUUUUGUAGUUGAAGGUACUAGUGAUGUUAGGAUUCAACAGGGUGAUGAGGAAAUCUACCCAAAUGUUGAUGACUGGUCAGAACAACUGACCAUGCAAGUGCUUGUGUUUUUGUGUUGCUAUAAAAGGACAUUGAAAAGAUCAGGAACUUUCCUUCACUGUGACACUGAAGAAUCUGGUUUUGUGUGAGCUGUUGCUCUUUGGUGACUAUGAUGAAACAUACAGACAGUUCCAGUAACUCAACUUGUCAAACCUGGCAUUUCAAAGAGUGCAUCAGUUGAGAAUAUCUCGCCCACUACAUAUAACAACCAAUAUAUAUUUUGUCCUCUAGUUUUUUUAGUAUUUUAAAAAUAAUGUCAAAAAUAUUGUAAGUACUGAACACCAAUAUACCCCUAUUCCAUAGAAGAAAUUUUUGUUGUCUUUAGAGAAGUUGUAAAGGUUCCUGUAAGAAAUUGAUAUUUCUCUAUUAAAGUUAGGAGCUACUUACUAUCUUUUAUUAUGAGAAAAUAAUACGUUAUUGUGUCUUGUAUGAUAACUUGCAUUUGACUUUUGGAUCAAAAUCAAUGUUUGAUAAAGUUCAAAUUCUUAAAAAUGACAUGGUGUAGUGAAUGUACUCUUUUUUUUUUCUUUUUUUUUGAUACAAAAUUCAAUGGUAGGAUUUGCAGUCUGAAAGAAAAACAAAUUUAAUAUUGCAUAUGAUUGACAUGUGUGUAAGGAACAACCAAAAUAUACUGCAUAUUAGUAUAAUAACAGUAACUACAGUCUUCUGAAAAUCUGUAUGGUAUAACAGGAAAAUGUUAAAACACAAACACAUCUGAUAAGAUAAAGAUGGUAGACUUACUUGUAAGUCACUAUUAAGUGUAUUCACGCUGAGAGUAAAUAUAUAUUUAUCCCCACAAAUUCAUUUCAGGUUGGAGUUUGGUGUAUAGUUUCAUGUAUGCAAAUAUUAUUUUUGUAACUGUAUCAUUAUACACAUUACAUGAUUACUUUCUACAUGUAAAAGAAUUGGUGGGAUCCUUAUUAAAAAAAAUACGAACUAUUUUUUUUUUCAUUGUCUUUUUGAAACAUUUACACUUGAAGCAUAACACUAAUUUUUUCAUUGUUAAUUGAUAUUUUUGCAUUGUUGGGUCGUCCAAACUUUGUCAAAAGUUUCUGGUCAACAUAAGGUUAUUAUUUUAACCAAUGUUAUUUAAUGGUAGUAGUAAUUACAUGAAAUUGGUGAAAACUGUUAGGACUAUGUAAAAUUACUUAUUAGUUUUAUACUACAGAUUUGAACUAGAACACCCUAACCUUUUUUUUUUCAACUAAGAAUAUACUUAAUAACAUUUAACAAGAACUUGAAGUAUGAAAUAUCAGAUGUUUUUGACAAGUUUGUUAAACAAAAAUUAUCUUUAAAAAAUACCUUUUAAUGAAUAAAUAAUUCAACAUCUUUUAUAGCUACAGACUGAAGCCACAUGACAUUGUAUAUUUCUUUUGCAUGUAAAAUCUUUUGUUUGUAAACAGAUAUAUGCUCAUCAUAAUAAAAUUUGAAGUUAAUAUUUUAA